AUGAAGUGCCGCUUCAUUUCUUUCAUAAACCUUACACUCGUUCUUCACUGCUUUAACGCUUUCAUAGGCUCGUCAGCUGAAAUAAUCGGCACGACGAACACCGACCUUCUCGUCGAACUCUACAAACUAAACCCUACCAAUAUCGAAUCAAUCGGUCAGAACCUCACCGAUCUAGUUCGAUGGGUAACAACAACCAGGCCAUUGGCUCUCCCAGGGCCUCGCUUGAAUCCAAACGGUUACACGUCAACGCCUCUAAGCCAGGCGAUCGGUCGAAUCUACUUUAAAGUAAAAGACCUAAUAGCGGAUCUUCAAGACCCAAAUCUAUGGUCUAAUGAGGAUAAGUUAUUAAACUACGGAUUCGACCAACAAAGUGUCAUGACAGCGUCAAUAACGACGCCGGAGUAUUUUGAAGACACAAUUGCAGCUGCUCAGGAUUACAUCGACGAUUUGAGGGAUAUUAUAUGGUGGAAUUUUGAAGUUUCUCCGGAUUUCUAUAAGCUAUCUGUUCCUAGAGAUACGAAACCAAAAGUCAUGGCAGUGUGGGAGGUAAUCCAUGACAUGGUAGUCUACAUCGUAACAUCCAGGGCCGGUGGUAUAAGAGUUUCCCAAAAAGGGCCACUCAUGGCAUACCUCAUGAACCUUAGGGAAGAAGCGACUCCCGAGGGAGAAAGCCAGGGGUUUUCGUUCAACCCGGUUGAUCUAUUAACUUUUGAAAUUGGUCUCAAGAACAUUACAAAUGCUAUUGACACCUUCACCAGCGAUAGGGACUGGGAUAGCAUUGACAGAAGUUAUAUGCGACUAAGAGAUGAGUUCUCGGGUGAGGCGCCGUUCUUAAAGACGCUAGAGAAGGAACAUGAAUUUUUGCGAAAGUUUAUUCACGAUUACUUCAUGUUAUUCUGGCGUUUGAUGAAAAAGAUUUACGUCAUGAGGCAAGAUAUUUACAAAUGGGCAGAGACAUUCAACGGUGAAAUUCAAUGGACGGACACCGAAAAUCCAGAACUGAGUAUAUUCGCAGAUAUAGGAGGGCAAUAA